AUGAUCAGAUCAAUAAACCUCUCUCCAUCAACCGUUUACUCGUUUGUCUCCGAAAAUGCAUCCGCAAAUGAUUACCUGAUGCCCGAUCGGAGUUUACCGCAAAGCGCACCGUUAGGUGGAGCGAAAUACUCAUUCGAACAAGAUCUCGAAAGCGCGCAAACCCUUAGAACGAGCGUCGAAAUUUGGAAGCAAAGAAAUGUUGAUGCAAAAAAUUUCUAUUUGAUUCCCAAUCCGGAUCUCCUUGGAUACGACGCAACUGUGCUCAGUAUUCGAAAUUAUCUGAACGACAUCACUCUCGAUGGAUUGAUUGAGAUAUUGGAGUCAGUGCGUAAAGGAGAAGUCAACGUUGAUACACCGUUGGUGUAUGUGGCUCCACCAAGGGAACGCAUCUCAUCAGCUCAUCCAGCGCCUAGAGUCACAAUAGAAACGUUUAUCAAUCAACUCGAUCGUCCAUUUCGCAUGUGGUUGAAUGGCGAAAUUGAUGAGGGGAAAUUGAGGGAAUCCUAUGACGAGGAUGUCCCAGAACCCGAUUCUUCAUCUAUACCCCCUCGUUCCUCCCAUUGGACACUCUAUUCACUGCUUUUACUGCUGUUGUUCACUGGUUUAGCUAUAGGAUUGCUUUACGGAUGUCGUAAUAGUGGUUGUCUCGCGAUCUUUCAACCAAAAGAGACUAUCAGCUACACAAACAAAACUCUCCCUCUGCUGAUCAACGCUGACAAUUUCUAUUUAAACGAAACAAAGAAAGGAAUUAUGUUAAUGGCGAAGAAUGGUUCUCUAAACGAGAUGAAAGUCAUGACAAUUGCUGUGAAUUCCUCAUCACUGUCCCCGCUUGGUGAUUGGAAAGCAAGCAAGCAACCGGAGAACGAUUGCGAGUUCAUCGAGACGAAAAAUAAAGAAAACUGCGCAGUUUUCAAUUCGUCUUCUGGGAAAUCGGAUCGAAAAGUCGGGGUUUUUGUCGGAGACAAAGCAUUUUCCGAAGCUGAGCAAUUCUAUUUGUUUAAAUGUGAAAACGACUGUGAAACGAGAACGAAAAACUCUUCAACAACAAAACCCAAUCACGUUUUGUUCAAGUGGAAUUCCGAUGGAUCAAAGUUGAUCCCAUUUGGAUCAUUGCAGAAAUUCUUGGACAAGAAAAAGCUUCCAUUUUGGGAUGCCCUAGUUGACAUUUACGGAAAAGGUUUGCUUCUUUUGGGUGAAGCGAGCAAAAUGGAGCUCUGCGCAGUGACGUUGAGCACAAAAAGGAAACCCGCUGAAUUUGUGGCCGAGAAUUGUUCCAAAAUUGGAAAGCUUCCCUGCUCCACAAAACAAUGCACUUAUACGAUGAGACGAUGGGCUGCUUCCUACUAUCUUUUCAUCUCCGAACCGACAGAUCCGAAAGAGCCCGUCUACGUCUCCUAUUACAACAAACGCCAGGAAAAAUUGUACGAUCAGCGAAUCGAGACCAAUAAUUAUUCUGGUGUCAUGGUCAAAUCAAUAAACCUCUCUCCAUCGAUCGUUUACUCGCUUGUCUCCGAAAAUGCAUCCGCAAAUGAUUACCUGAUGCCCGAUCGGAGUUUACCACAAGGAUCUCGAAAGCGCGCAAACCCUUAUAACGAGCGUCAUGAUUUGGCAGCGAAGAAAUGCUGGUGCAAAAAAUUUCUAUUUGAUUCCCGAUUCUAUUUGAUUGGAUACGACGCAACUGUGUUCAGUAUUCGAAAUUAUCUGAACGACAUCACUCUCGAUGGAUUGAUUGAGAUGUUGGAGUCAGUGCGUAAGGAGAAGCCAACAAUGGAACACGCGCCUAGAGUCACAAUAGAAACGUUUAUCAAUCAACUCGAUCGUCCAUUUCGCAUGUGGUUGAAUGUGAUAGGAUUGCUUUACGGAUGUCGUAAUCGUGGUUGUCUUGCGAUCUUUCAACCAAAAGAGACUAUCAGCUGCACAAACAAAACUCUCCCUCUGCCGACCAACGCUGACAAUUUCUAUUUAAAAGAAACAAAGAAAGGAAUUAUGUUAAUGGCGAAGAAUGGUUCUCUAAACGAGAUGAAAGUCAUGACAAUUGCUGUGAAUUCCUCAUUACCGUCACUGUUUGGUAAUUGGGAAGCAAGCAAGCAACCGGAGAUCGAUUGUGAGUUCAUCGAAACGAAAAAUAAAGAAAACUGCCCAAUUUUCCAUUCGUCUUCUGGGAAAUCGGAUCGAAAAGUCGGGGCUUUUCUCGGGAACAAAGCAUUUUCGAUAGCUGAGCACUUAUAUCUAUUUAAAUGUGAAAACGACUGUGAAACGAGAACGAAAAACUCUUCAACAACAAAACCCAAUCACGUUUUGUUCAAGUGGAAUUCCGAUGGAUCAAAGUUGAUCCCAUUUGGAUCAUUGCAGAAAUUCUUGGACAAGAAAAAGCUUCCAUUUUGGGAUGCCCUAGUUGACAUUUACGGAAAAGGUUUGCUUCUUUUGGGUGAAGCGAGCAAAAUGGAGCUCUGCGCAGUGACGUUGAGCACAAAAAGGAAACCCGCGGAAUUUGUGGCCGAGGAUUGUUUCAAAGUUGGAAAGCUUCCCUGCUCCACAAAACAAUGCACUUAUACGAUGAGACGAUGGGCUGCUUCCUACUAUCUUUUCAUCUCCGAACCAACAGAUCCGAAAGAGCCCGUCUACGUCUCCUAUUACAACAAACGCCAGGAAAAAUUGCACGAUCAUCGAAUCGAGGCCGUUUUACCCGUCAAAGAUCGAAAAGAAGAGGCUUUUGUG